AUGGCCACAAUGCAGCUCCGCCCGUCGCUAUUAGCGACGCGAGCAUCAACCCUCCACUCCGCAAUGCAAUCCCUCUGCAUCCAAGCACAAUCCCACACCCGCGCGUUCAGCACAACCCCUCGCUCCCUCAACUGGCUGGCACCCAAAGCCGGCGAAUCGACCAAAUCGCGCAAAGGACGCUGCAAAGUACCCACGGGCGGUAGCACCAAAGGAACCACGCUUGUGUGGGGUGAUUAUGGUAUCCGUCUCAAAGACCACGACCGACGCAUCUCAGCCUCAGCACUUAAAAUUGCAGACGAAACCAUCAAGAAGCGUCUGAGAGGUAUGAAGUACCGUCUCUACCACCGCGUGUCUGCCAAUAUCGGGGUGUACACUUCAGGAAAUGACCAGAGAAUGGGAAAGGGAAAGGGUAGUUUCGACUAUUGGGCGGUUAGGAUGCCGGUGAGCAGGAUUUUGUUUGAAUUGAAGGGUGAUGUGCACGAGCAGGUCGUCAAGGAUGCGAUGAGAUUGGCUGGGAACAAGCUACCUGGUCUGUAUGAGUUUGUCAAGAAGGGAGAUCCGCCCGUCAUGGGCAUCACGAAGUUGACUGCGGGCGUUACGGAGGCGCAAUUGAGGCGGCCGAGGAUGGRGGUUAAGGUGCCGGCGCCGAGUCUUGAUUCGACUGCUGAUAGGAUGCGGUCUACGACUCCUUGA